AUGCCGUGCGUUUAUGCAACCCGUGCUGCUUGCUUGAGAGGUACGUCAUUGUACGAUCUCUGCUCACUGUAUUACACAUCCGAGUACUGGAAGGGUGCCUACGGAGAAGCUAUAUAUCCUAUUCAGCGUGAAGAGGACUGGAAUGUUCCACUCGAAAUUACAGGUACUCCUAUUAUGCCCCCUAGUGUGCGUCGUCCUCCAGGUAGACCACCCACACGACGUAAGCGAUCCAGACACGAGUACACCACACGGCUCAGGAAAUGCACUCGCUGCGGUGAACUUGGUCAUAACCGGACCACAUGUUCGAACCACACUGUACCACGUCCGAUGUAA